CCUGUUCUCUUUGUGAGAAUUUUCAAGCUGCUGGAAUGAACGAUAGUCGGAUACUUGCGAAGAAGCUUAAUGACCAACGGAGAAACCCAUAAAAUUUAGGCAAUAGGGGCCAUACAAUUUAAAAGAAAUAGAGAGAUAGUUGCUAGAAUGUUCUAGAAUGGUCAUGUGAUGUCACGAGACCAGUUAUGUCGCACUUUUGAAAAAAUACUCUGACGUACGUCUUUGGGUUUUUUUUUAACGAUUUCUAAGGUCGGGUGCUUAAUACAAUUUAUCUUAGUAGCUUUGUUUGCAUCCCGAGAGACUGACUGGUAAUAAAAAUGCUUUCAACUGUGUUCACGUUUGCUUACAAUCGCGCUUAUUUUCCUCUCAAACGAGAAGAAAAAGAGAACCGGGGCACGUGAAGGGUAUUGACCAAUCGGAGGCCGAGCUCCGAGCAGAAGGGUAUAAAUAGCGGGCAUGUUGCCGUGAGAGACGUCCGCCAUUGAAGACUGGCGUUUGGGGGAAAAAAGCGAAUUAUUUGUUUUUAGACGUUUAUUUCAAAAACAUUUAAGUAACAAAAAUUGUAUCCGGACGAAACAGUCGUUCAGGAGCCUGCAUUUGGUCAUCUUUUCCAGCAGAACUUCUUCGGCACUGUUAAAAACAUUCGUUGUUGUGCCAGUGACGGAAAGGUAGAUGACUACCUACUGGGUGAAUCUCCUGGCGAUGGCGUGAAGUAGAUGCCCAUCUAAAAUGUUUCGGCUAAAAGAAGAAGAAAAAAAAGUUGGCACAGGCAGAAGAUGUGUAAUGAAUGCUGAACUGGCCAGACACAGCUUCAGAACAUCUCUCUCCACACGCCUGUCUUUGGAGCAGAACCGACCAUGUCACAGCCGGUGCUCAGCAUGAACAGGAACCCCCCUCCCCCCGAGUACAAGAACCAUAAAAAACCAGGGCGUCUCACCAACCAGCUCCAGUACCUGGAGAAAGUGGUGGUCAAAGCCCUGUGGAGGCAUCAGUUCUCCUGGCCCUUCAGGCACCCUGUGGAUGCUGUUCAGCUCAACCUGCCUGAUUAUUAUACAAUAAUCAAAAACCCAAUGGACUUGAACACCAUCAAAAGACGUCUUGAAAAUAAUUACUAUUGGAAAGCUAUGGAAUGUGUUGAAGACUUCAACACAAUGUUUACAAAUUGUUAUGUAUACAAUAGGCCAGGAGAUGAUAUAGUUUUGAUGGCCCAAGCUCUUGAGAAGUUGUUUCUUGAAAAAGUAUCUGAAAUGCCACAGGAUGAGUGUGAGAUCACAGCAGUUACCAAUAAGGCGCCUCUGAAAGGACGGAGGAUGUCUGCUACAGGACUGGGGAAAAUGCGACCUCAGUCUCCUAUGUCUGAGGUUGUGUUUCAACAGACAGUGACGGUCAUCCCUCCUGAAGCACUGCACACCAUCUCAUCUGCACCCCUGUCUGCUCAGCUUGAAGCCAAAUUAAAAAAGGGCGUGAAAAGAAAAGCAGACACCACAACCCCCAUGGCCCCCAUCAUUACCAGCAGUGAGUCAUCCCCCUGCAUCUCAGAACCAAAGGUUCUGAAGUUGUAUUCACGGAGGGGCAGCGGACGACCCAUCAAACCACCACGUAAAGACCUACCUGAGUCGCCACAACAGCACCAGGUGGGCCGCAGGGCCAAGCUCUCUGAAAGGCUUAGAUACUGUAGUGGCAUCUUGAAGGAGAUGUUCGCCAAGAGGCACUCUGCCUAUGCCUGGCCCUUCUACGAGCCCGUGGACGCUGUGGCGCUCGGCCUGCAUGACUAUCAUGAUAUCAUCCAUCAGCCCAUGGAUUUGGGCACCAUUAAAAAAAAGAUGGACAAUCGUGAAUACACAGACGCCUUGCAGUUUGUUGCAGAUGUUCGUCUUAUGUUCUCAAACUGUUACAAGUACAACCCACCGAAUCACGAGGUUGUGGCUAUGGCCAGAAAACUCCAGGAGGUUUUUGAGUCCCGCUUUGCUAAGAUUCCAGAUGAGCCGAAACCUUUGACUCCUGGUCAGCACCUUGUGCCCAAAAAGGGGAAAAAUGAGCGAACAGAAAGUCAGUCGAGCUCAGCGAGCAGUGACUCUGAAUCUUUGUCAGAAAGCUCAUCUGACUCUGAGGAAGAUGAAGAAAAGAGAGCACAAAGACUCUCUGUUCUGGAGGAGCAGCUGAAGGCAGUGCGGGAGCAGCUACAAUUACUGACUCAAACACCUUUGCUGAAGCAAAAGAAGAAGGAGAAGUCAAAGAAGGAGAAAAGAAAAAAAGAAAAGCGAAAGGGUGGUGAAGUGCGUAAAACAGCUCCUCCAGAGAAGGUGCACAAAAGGAGAAGUAGCAGCAAGUCAACAGGGAGAAAUAUAGAGAGCAAAGGGUACGAGUCUGAAGAAGAAGCGCUUGCACUGCCAAUGUCCUAUGAGGAGAAACGGCGUUUGAGUCUGGACAUCAACAAGCUGCCUGGAGACAAACUAGGCAAAGUGGUGAAUAUCAUCAAGGCCAGAGAACCUAUGCUUAGAGACACCGAUCCCGAAGAGAUUGAGAUUGACUUUGAGGCACUCAAACCAACUACCCUCCGAGCUCUUGAGAUGUUUGUCAUAACCUGCCUCAGGAAAAAGCCUGUGGGGCCUGGCCAGAAAAAUCCCCAAAAACCCAAAGGUGAAAAGACGAAGGAGGCAGAGAAACAGAAUGUAAGUGAAGAGCCAAAAUCAACAAAGAGGACCAAGGCAAAGAGUGAAUUGAUGGCCACAGAGCCCAAGGAGUUAGCGCUCUCUUCCCGCCUUAGUGGGAGCAGCAGUUCUUCCUCCAGUUCUGACAGCAGUAGUUCUGACUCUAGUUCUUCUGAUAGCAGUGACUCUGACUCAGAGCAGAAACCUAAGAAGAAAAACAAAGCCCACGGUCAUGGCACCAAAAUUAAAAACAAGGCGUUGAAGGAGAGCAUUGCCCUUGAGAUGAAGGAGUCCUCCAAAGACCUGUCAGCCCAGGCCACCAAGCCACCUGCUGAGGAGGCCAAAGCGCCGCCAGCCCUGCACAGCCAGCUGCCUCCUCAGCCUUCCAGACCCAGUGCCAAAGCCACUCCUCUAGUUCGAAAGACCUGGAUGACCCCCUUAAUUCUGCCCUCUGAGCAGAGCCCCUCACCUCCCACUGCCCUUCCUUCCGCAGACAUCUCCAGCACCUUUAUCCCCUCACCACAUAACCCCGUAACUGUGCUACCCAAACAGUCUCCCCCCACAUCCUGCUCACAUCCACCUGCUUCAUCCAGUUGGCCUAAGAAUCUGCCAAGUUCCUGCACUGCCCACAGUUCCCCAGCAUCUGCUCCCACAGACUCUACAUGCCCCAUCCCAACUGCUGCCACCGUUAAUCCUCUGCUUAAGGCUCAGCAAAAAGGGUUCCCUGCUCUCCUUUCUCCACUAUCCUCUCCUCCUGGCUUGCCCUCCUCAAACUCUGCAUCUGUGGCAAGACACCAGCCCAUCACCAGGCAUGAGCAGUGUCCCAGUUUGACCACCCCAUUGGCACAUGUGAGGGAAGACAGGGGGGACCCAGGUGUAGUGGGAGAGUCCUUAGUUCAGCUGCACACAAUGCCUGGGACUAAACCCACAGAAGAUGGUGAACUACACAAAUCAAGCCAAGACCACAAGCCCAGCAUUGCUAAAACGGAAAUAGUUCUGAAGCAUGCAGACUCCUGGACAAGCCUGGGCAAGAUGGCCGCUCUGGCACCUGCUACCAUUCGGUCAUCCAAGGAGAGUUUUCAACAAUUCCGCAAAGCUGCGAUGGAGAAGGAGGAGCGAGAAAGGGCACGUAAACUCCAGCUAGAGGCUGGCAGAGAGAAGAACGGCUCAGACAAAAGCAGCCUGACACAGCAACUUUCUAAAGCCAAACCAGAGAUCCAGGCCUCUAGGACAGAGUUGGAGUCUGCAGAGCUUCCCAUUAUGGCAGCAAUCUUGGACCAACCUAAAACGCCAGAACCUUCGACUCCUACUCAGUGCUCCAUGGACCGUGAAAGAGAGAUGGCUCGCAAGAGAGAGCAGGAGAGACGCAGACGGGAAGCUAUGGCUGGAACCAUCGACAUGACGAUGCAGCAUGACAUCAUGGCCACCUUUGAGAAGAACCUCGACUGAAAUGACCGCUGAACAAAUAUAUAAAUAAAAGAAAACAUUUAUUUAAAUUCAUGCUACCUUUCUGUGAAAAGAGUAGCUGGUCUCCUCCGCUUCCUGACAAGUGCCACGAGUCCUGGUGACUGAAACGGGUUCUAGCAUCUCACUAACGUGUAAAUUUCUCUAUUUACUUUAGCACAUUUAUACUGAAGUGGCUGUAGUAAAGAUAUAAGAAGCUGAUACUGUAUAGUGUACAAUGUAAAUGGAGCAUGCCAUGUAAUGGGCUGCUUGUGUUAUUGAAUUGAUAUAAUAAUUAAUAAUAUUGGUAUUUGGAUGGUUUGCUUAAUUUCCAAUAUUGAAGUACACGUGUCACUUGAUCCUUUUGUGAAGGGAAGUAACCAAACUAAAAUGGUGAUUGCACAUCAAACACGGAGUAUGAUUUCAUUUGCAUUCUGUUUUUCCCCUUUAUUUAUUUAUUUUUUAUUUUUUUACUGAACGUGUUGUCCAUUCUUGCAUUCGUACUCAACACGUCUUCUUGCACUGAUUUUUGAUGAGUAGGUCUAUAAUGCAGCGGGUUAGAAAUACACAAUAUGUGCUUUGAUAUGUAUAUUUGUGAAGUUUUCCAAACUGUAUAGCUGCAACGUGGUGUUCAGUCUGCAUCUGCUCAGUUAUUUUUUUGGUCAUGUGUCUCUACAGCCCUUAGUAUUUUACAUUAGUAAGAUUGCCAUAAGCCCUACACAUUGCAGUUAUAUUCUUGGCAGCAUCUACUGAUUUCCUAAAUGUGGCAUGAACUCUGAAGGGAUGUAAACUGUGAUUUGUAAUUGCAAUAUGAACAAUGUACAAAAAACAAAAAAAACAACUUUGUGGUGGUAAUUGCAAAACUUAAAAUCUGUUGCAUUUUAACAAUUCAUACAUUUGUCAUCUUAGGCAGUAAAGUAACUUCAUGUUCGAUUGAAAUAAUCAGUAUUUUGUCUGUAGUUGAAGUAAUAUGCAUAUGAGUAAUAUAAUUGUACUUCAUUCUGUGACAAAACAAUAUAUUUUUGAUUACUGAGGAUUGUUUAAGCGAAUUAUAACGCCAAUGUGCCAUUCCAUUUAACUUCUCGAAGAUAUCCAGAAAAAACCUAGUGUUGCUUUAACUGUUGAGGCAUUUGAAAACUCACUGUUGAUUCAGUACCAGUCAGGGGUUGAGUUUUGUGCUCAGUGUUUAUUCGAAGUCUUGCUGUUUGUACAGAGAUGGAAAAUGCAACAUUUUGUUUCUUUCACCCCGAUGCUCGUGGCCGUGCUUCCUCAGUCGACUUCCUUCUGUCCAUCACUCAAGCACUUUAUUCAGCAUCCUGGCAAAAUGGAAGUGAAGGACAUGGGGUUGUUUCACAGUGACCAUAUUCCAGUUUAAAAAAAAAAAACUCACAUUAAAUAAAAAACUAUUUUCAUUUAAA